AUGGGAGCCGGUCAAAUUGGAGGAAUAGCAACAUUGUUGGAUAUAGACUUUAAUAAUGCUGCAGGUUUUCAUGGUGAACCUGCUAAAAUAACGGAAGGGCAAUUUAUCGUACAUUACUUAUCGCAUGCCAUGAUGUUCUGCUUGGGUGCCAUUAUAGAAUCUCAUGUUGUUCUAACACCAGCUAUUUGUGUGUAUGGGGAAACAUAUAAAUUCAAAAUCUUUGCUGGCACACACAGUUUUGUAGAGAAUUCCGGAAUAGGACGGCAGGUCCAGCAUCUUUGUAUACAUAAGGGGUACAAUCACUCAAUGCGCUGGGAAGGUUGUUCACCCGAUAAUUUGGCUUUGAUAUGUCUCAACAAACCGUUCGUCUUCAACAAGCGGGAACCUUAUACUGAAUAUAUUUUAAACCGCGCCCGUUACGGAGUAGCAAUAAACUCGGAAAACAGAAUAAGAGAUAAAUCUUGCCGUUUUUAUGGCUGGGGAAGCAGACGCAAUGAUGAUUUAGGCAGUACACUCGUGUGCUCUGGUUACGUUCAAGGUAUGAUGAUAUCCCGCCUCAUCGAUAGGCCCUGUGGCGUUGGGUUCGUUGAUUUGUCUAAAUACAAUAGAUUCUUAUCCUGCGGCGUCGAUGAUUCCCGUGACGUCAUAGAUCACGAUGAACUGAUGGCCUUCGAAUUUGAUCACACAAGCAAAUUGUUAAACACACCCUCCUUACUGACAACACCCCACGAAAAUAUCACGUCUUCCCCUUACCCAUAA